CAACACUGCAAACGACGUCGCGGUGUCUCAGGGUGCGUGGGCGCGGGCGCAGACAGCCGCCCAAUUCAGACAGAGCCUUUUGCACAGUUUAGCACAGUCUGAUCCACCACUCUGUUGCUCCAUUUUGCACGUAUGCUGACGUAUUUAUGUAGAGUCGUUCAGUGGUGGUGUGAAAAUUCACUCCUUUCGUGUUAAACAAUGGCGAUUCAGGUCGCUGUUGUUUCCGGCAGUGUUUUCGUUCUUAUCGCAGUCCUCUUGACACUAUGUUCGGCAAUCAACCUAAACCAGCCUACUUCAAAGCCUAAGCACAUCAAGUUAGCUCCUUCAACAGCAUCGCCAGGUGAUGGAGGAGCAUCAACACCGAAGCAAGAUGACUCAGGGGUGGCCAUCUAUCGUUUUAUAAACAGCCACACUGGAACCACUUGUAUACUCAUGAAGACUGACGCUGUUGUAGAGAUUAAAUUUAAGCUGAACAAUUUAGAAGAGCAGGCUGACUCCUUCAUACCAGAAAGAGCAUUACUGGAAAGCAACUGCCAAAAUGAGGAUGUUGCUUCGCUAAGGAUUUCAUGGACGGGAUACAGCUUAGUGAUAAGUUUUGCAAAGUAUCCUGGAGGGGAAAAGUGGUACAUAAGCAACGUAGAACUGACCGUUAGCCCAGACUUGCCACAGCUUCGAGGAAUUCCAGUUAAAGAUAAGUCAGCUAUACGGCUCUAUCAUCGGACAAUCCUGAUUCCAACACCAGUGGGCAAGGCUUUCGAGUGUGAUGAACUAGAUGUGGAUCUUGAGCCGGCUCCUGAUGAUAAAAGUACUCCUCCAGGAGUUAGAGGUUCUCUUUUACUAAGGCUAAUCAAAAUUCAACCAUUCAUGUACAAAGGAGAAGAUUUUUCCACAGCGGUGCACUGUAGAAAGGGACAAUCCUCAUUCAGAGAUGAAACCGCAUCAAUAGCCGUAGGAUCAACGUUAGCUGUUGCAGUAAUAGCUAUCCUCAUAGGUUAUUCUGCAUAUAAAUACUUCAGGGUGAAGAAUGUCCAAUAUAACACUAUGGAGUAAAUUUCGGGGCCAUUCUUCGCAAGGUUAUUAAUAUACUUCAUGCCAUAAUGUGGAACUUUGUUGAGCAUUUAUGAUGUAUAUCCCUUCUCAAGGUUGACAUUUUAAUUUGAAGGAAACUGGGUGAUUAAUUUACUUACACUGGCGUUGUGUCGAUUCCACAGUAUAGCAGAGAUUCUACUCACUCUACUAAGUUCCACUUCUGAUAUUACUAUUAUAUUGUUGUGGUUGAUGACUAAAUUCCACAAUGUCAACCUUGUCUUUAAUUAAGUGGCUUACAAUCAGAGCCAUAUAGUGAGAAAAUUACGAGAUGCCAACAAAAUUCAUCAAAGAUCACGUAUUCUGGCAAAUAACGUUUUUAGAACUAUAUUUAUAUGAAUAUAUCUAGUCCUAUAUAUUAGCUACGACAAAAUUGUCAUAUCAUUUUUGUUCGGUUCCUGAAUGUUGCUUUUUUUUCCAAUAGUACAUUGAUGCUUUCUUCAUAAGAAUAGGUAGAUGAAAAGUUGUUGGACGUGAAUAGGAAUCUUACUGGUAUCACCACAUAAUUUGUAGCUUGCGUAGAUAUCUUAUGCUUACGAAGGUUGUAUAGGCAGUGUCCAAGAUUUUUCCUCAUCUAUUCUCCUGUGCGCAUUAUAGCAUCCUAUUAAAAAAACUGUCUUACAGUUCGCAAGACCAUUGCAUGCAAGCUCUUGCAGUUGCAAGACGGCAUUGUUUUGUCUGCAAGACAAUUGCAGCUAAUCACUUGCAGUUGCUAGCCGGGCGUGUUUCUUCGAUUCAAACGAGCAACGUUAGCCAAUCUGUUUGCAACAUUCCUUCUCUCAUUCAUAACCUAUAAUUUUGUUUCUGGUUUUUACCCUUCAGAAGAUCAAGUUGGAUUCCCGGCAGUUGUAAGAAAAUGACAGAAAGAAUCAGCUGUUUUGUUAGUGCGCAUGCGUCUGUCAAUAUUUCUCUUGCUCUUGCUGGCUGUAAAAUGAGUAUAAGGAACGUUCCUAAUAGAGAGGUUACACCUCAACUGUCUAUUCUUUUGACUACGAAAAAAAAAUUGGUUAAAAAAAUGUGAUUCAGAAAUUUCAGCGCAUCAAAAUUAUGUCACACUGCCUAGAUUUUUAUUGAAACAGUGGGGACAAUGCACAUCAUACUUUUUUAAUAGUUACCUCGUAAAUUAGAAAUCCUGGCAAUACUUUAAUAACUAAAAACUAUUUCAUUAGCUAUAAUGCAACCCAAAUGUUGCGUAAAUUCUGAAAUAAUGCUCCACUUGUUAUUGGUAACUCUUUGAAAAAUCUGUAAAGAUGAUAUUGGUUACAAAUAAGCUUCACUUUAUAAUCUAUGCUAAUACGCACGUGCAGUGUGGACAAAUUAUAUCUUUUUCAAUUUCGAGCAUCAUUGCGAAUGUGUAACCAUUUUUCAUAAAUGCUAAAUGAUUCAACUAACAAAACUUUGAAAUACCUAUAGGUACCUAUGUUUGCGUAUUGUAUUAAUUUUUUCUAGCGAUAAGCAUAAUACUUAAAAUGUACUUAGGAUCAUCCUCUCAAUUCUAAGAAAUGUAGAGUAUAGAAUAUAAUGUAUUUACCUUUCCGAAAACCAUGUUAAUUAUUUGUAGGAUAAGGUUAAGUAACUAAGCAUUCGAACCUAACCAUAUCUGAAUAGAAUCUUCCAUAAUAUUAAAACGCAUAUCACAUAUUUUCCAAUGUAUAUUUUUUAUACUCAUAUCCUUGUAUAUUAAUUGCAGAAUUUUAUGCCUUCCCCUUAUAAGAAGAUACACAGCCUGAAUUGCCUGUAAACCCUGAAACAAACAUGCAUUCUUCAAUACCGUCAAUUUGCGUUAUUUAUCUAUUUAUUUAGAGACAGAUACAAUUUGCAGAAUGUUCAGUGAUGGGCGCUUACGCCUGUACAUUGAUUGUCUUCGUUACUAUGUAUGCAAUGAAAAUAUUAUUAUUAUUAUCAUUACAAUGAAUACAAAGUAUUUAACAUUUAUAUACAUUGUAUACAUUACAUAUAAGUUUCGAUGUAUGCAAUGUAAAUAUUAUUAUUAUUAUCAUUACAAUAUAUAUAACAUAUUGUAUACAUUGUAUACGUUGUAUACAUUGCAUACACGUUUCGAUGUAUGCAAUGUAAACAUUAUUAUUAUUAUCAUUACAAUGUAUACAAUGUAUUUAACACAUUGUAUACAUUGCAUAUAAGCUUCGAUGUUAGCAAUGUGGACAUUAUUAUUACUAUUAUCAUUACAAUGUAUACAAUGUAUUUAACAUAUUGCUUAUAUUGUAUACGUUGUAUACAUUGCAUACAAUGCAGCUAAUGUCUGCAUUUAUGGUUGAUAUUUCAGGUUCUACUACUACUAAGAAGGCGUGGAUCACUGAAUAAUUUGGUUGUUUGUUGAGUUUAGUGAUGAUUUUGUUGCAAUUUAUAUUACUGGAAGUGCGGAGUAUUGAAGAUCAAUUAUUAUUAAUGUAGGCUGUAUUUCUUAUUUAUGUUUAAUGAUAAUAAAGUUAAAUAAUCAUACAUAUGAAACACUAGCUAUUUAGUUUUAAUUGCUCUACAACUUUUUGGUAGAAUCUACUUUUUGACAAAAGCUCACGACUUUCUUUUGUUUCGAAAGUGAAUUUAAAGAGUUGGUGGCUCUGGAGCAACAACUUAAAGAUGUGUUUCGGUGAACUAGUUAGAUUCUGUAGAGAUGAUCAGCUUAGUCUUCUCUUCGAUAAUAUGAAGAAGUUCAUUCUAAAAUGUGUAUUACACUGUCACCAAAAUCGUUGAAAUGUGAUAAAAUGCACCUUCUGAACCUCGUCGGCCUUAGUGCUAGUUUUGAGCCUUUUUGCAAUUUCACGAGAAUCUUAAUGCAUAACACUGGUCCUACGGAGUUUACAACUUCAGAUUUUAUUACUAAAAGAGUCAGUGUGUCAACGAAAUCGUUACACCCGAUCUUCCUCCAUUGCUAUAAAAUACAGGGUGGCCCAUAAGUCCUUUGAGCUGGAAAAAAAGGAAUAAAACCAAACUACUUACAUUAUGAAGAAUUAUUAUAUUUUGUUAUCAUCUUUAUUGAAUGGGAAUUAUGUUUUGAAAAUCACAUCGUCUAAAUGCAAUCCAUUACGAUCACGGCACUCAUAUAAACGACGUCUAAAAUUGUCGAUGACUGUGCGGCAAGUCAACACUGUAAUGCUUGCCAUUUCUCUUCGGAUAUUUUCUUUCAGGACAUCAACUGAUCGCGGAGUGGUGUCGCACACUUUACUCUUGAGGUAGCCCCAUAAAAAGAAGUCCAUUGGGGUCAAAUCUGGACUACGUGGUGGCCAGGAAAUGUCUCCUCUUCGAGAAAUUACUUUGCUGGGAAAAAGUUGACAGACGACGGGCAUAGAAGUGUUGGAGGUGUGGGCAGUUGCUCCGUCCUGUUGAAACCAGGUCUGCGUCUUAUAGCCUGGAAAAUUCUGCAACGCUGGUGUCAAAAACUCUUCUAUCAUUGCUACGUACCGCUCCGAAGUAACAGUUAAUGCGCGACCUCUGUCGUCCUCAAAAAAAUAAGGGCCUACGAUGCCAUGCGCUGACAUAGCAGCCCAAACUGUAACUUUAGGGCUGUGUAAGGGCUUCUGAUGCUUACGCCUUGGAACGGCAAUUUUGUUUAUUUACAUGCCCGUUUAAAUGGAAGUGAGCCUCGUCCGAGAACAACACAUUAUUGAGCGAAGAAAAUCGAUUCAACAUUUCAUUCGCAAAGUUUAGUCUCUGAAUAGCGUCAUUAUCUUUUAAUUCCUGCACUAAGUGAAUUUUGUAAGCGUGCAGACGUAAAUCUUUCCUUAAAAUCCGCUGUAAAGAUGUUCUGGGUACGUUUAGUGCACUGGAACGCUUACGAGUAGACUGGGUAGGAUUUUGACGAACAGACUGUGCCACAAUGUUGAUGUUUUCUUCAAUACGAGUUGUCCUUGGUCGACCCCACCGCUGUUUAUCUAACGUCGAACCAGUCUCUUCGAACUUAGCAACACAGUUCUUAAUCGUUUGAGCUGUUGGACACUUUGUAAAAUUGUGUAAAUUGUGGUAUUCUCGAUAUUUACGCCGCGCAAUGGUUGCCGAAUCAUUAUUUUGAUAAAACGCGCGCACACAAAAAGCACGAUCCGCUCCAGUGAAACACUCCAUGACGACUGAAUUCCCAGACACUGAAGAUACUGCCCCCACCUCGCCCGCGCCUCUCACGCUCACCCGUUAAAUUUUAUUCAAAUUUGAAAUUUCAAAGGACUUAUGGACCACCCUGUAUAUUAUAUAAAAAAUACAUAAAUAAGGUGUGAAAAUUCGUCACCUUAUAAGAUAUCACCUCCGCUUCACUGGAAAGGGGCCCAAGUCAUUUUUUCAUACGUGAAAUCUAUAGAUUUUUAUAUACAGUCGAGUAGGAUUUACAUUUUUUAAUCCAUAUAUCACAUUGAUGGUGUAGUGCAAAAAUGUUGUAUUUGAUAAUAAUCAGAAGAUGAACAUCCAAUGGAGUAAGUGAUAAAUUCAUUUAUAACACGUCUGGAUUUAGUUUUGUUCUUGCUACAUUUGUGCGCUGCACGAUCGGCAAUAUACCUCAUUUCAAAAUAGCAGCCAUCACAAAGAGAGAAAAGCUAUGUCCAGAACUUUCGUUCACAUCCGGUAAAUGAAAAAAAUUUACAUUAGUUUGAAAUAUAACUUAGCAAAUAAAUAGUGUUCAUGCAAAUUCAUGUCUAACCAUUCAGUGGAAUAAUUGAGCAGAAAUCCUACAGGCAUUGUAUAUGUGGAAAACGAAGCUCUACGUGAAAAGAUAUGUACUAUGCCCUAUUUCACGAGUAUCCAUCACGGUAGAAUGACAGCUGAUUUCCUAGUAAUAUCUCAAAAUUCCCAUAUCGACACAAGACACAUAAUUCUGACGGAUCCAUGAACGCCAGGUAGACAGAGCCGAAUUUUGUUUUGUUUUUCUGUACGCUACAGAUUCAUUUUGUACUUGCUAACAGCUAUUUUAUUUAGAAAAAUUAACUUGCAUACAGAAAAACGCCACAAACAAGUUUUACUAGAUUUAUACCCGAUCCAUUAUUGCCAACGUUGCAGAAUAACACAAAAAUGUCACUUGUUGAUCAGCUGUUCACCUCAGUAGACGUCAAAGCUUUAUAUAUGCAUACUCGUGAAACAGCGUAUAGGUCAUAGAUGACUUAUCAUGAGGUUACGUCACUUAAGGAGUUUUAUAGACAUACAUACAUAUUAAUUUGGUAUAAAAGAUGUAAAGAGUGAGAACUCUAUCUGUUGUAGUCUGAAGGAGACUUAACUAAUAAGUCCGUAGUUCUACAUAAAAAUAUACAUAAAUAAUUUAAUUUUAUACAGUUAAGGAUUCUUGAAGUUGCUGAAGGCUUAACUGCUACAGUUAUUUACUUGAUAAGAGGUAAAUUGAGAUCAGGUUCCUGAUUAAAUUAAUUGAACUCAAGUUUGUGAGUGAUGAAUCUUUGAAAAAACUAUAACAAAUGUCUGUAAUCAACGAUCUGAUAAAUUGCAAAUAUAAAUAUUUGGAUUAUGUUGAUUCGAUCCGCCAAGAACUACUUGUUACGUAACAUUAGUGUGCCAUGACUCAAUCCUUCUUGUAUAGAUUUCGCCGACCCCUUUGACCUCAUCUAACUCGAUUUGAACCCAACCCGUUCUCUCCGUAAUAAUAAUUGCAAAAAACGACACCUGCUCUGUCUAUUUCCUGACUUCAUUUAUGACAUAAUUCAAUUCCCUCUCAUCGAUCGAUUCCGCAUUGAGUUCGUCGCUUGUAAUUAUCGUACCGCUUGUAUUUGCACCGGGUGGGCCAGUAAUAAAGGACGCUGACUGUAUCUCGGCAACCGCUCCGCAUAGAGCUAUCAGUUCAAAUAUAUUAUAAUAGAAGUGGCCAAAAGAAUUGCUGGAAAUUAUUUUCAGAUUCCUAAAGCGGCCGCUAGAUGGUGUCAUUCCAAUAUCAAAAACCCAAACGCCAUUAUUUUACAAAAAUCGUAAUUGAAAUAUUUAAAAGCCUCAUCUUGUUGACCGCUCAAUUACAGAACCUUUUGUCCUUGCCAUUUUUUCAAAUGUAGGUUAGUUGGUGGCAUGGGAAGAGUACUAUCAUUUCAGAAUGCACCAUAACUUCUGAUUGGGCUGUACCGAUUUUGGUGAUCUUGGUUUCGUUGUGAAAGUUUAUCUACUCACCUGCGCUCCUAACGAAUGCUUAACCCAGUCAGAUUAGUUAUAGCCACUAGAAGGUGCUUUGUUGACGUGACAGCGUCUUCUUGGAUUUCUUCGGAAAUUACUAUUACGAUAUGAUUUUUUUAUACUGAUUGGAAAGUAUGUAACAAAUCCUAAAGAAUGGUUAAAAACGCAGAUCAAUACGUUUAUUCGUUAUGGAGAUAUAUUAAGAGAUAGGCUAAUAUCACAAGUUUCAAGUGAUAAUAAGAAGAAAGAUUUAUGUUAUGAAUGGUUGGAUAAAAGGUACCAACAUCACACGAUUUUGAGAUAUUUUACUUUGUAUGAUAUGUUAUUAGUCAGUGCCAACGUUGGCCAGUCCCGGACAAUGCGCAUUGGUUUAGCGUUCACAUAUUGGUGUUGGCCCACCUUGGUCCAAUAUGCAACUACAACAUAACGGACUGAAAGCUUAAUGUUUCCAUGUUUCCUGCGAAGGAAUAUAUUUUUAUUUUUACUAAUAGCUGGCGUACCAACUAUGUAUUUCUGUGUACACUUUUCUCAUGCUCCAGCUAUAGAUUUAUCGUAAUUUUAGGAAAUUUGCACACACUGACUACUAUAGUAGUAACUGAAGAACUCGUUGCACUGUUAUAGCCGACUAGUACUUGAGAUCAUUUCAAUCUUGGAAUAUUAAAAGGAUUAAAAUAGUCACAGAUGUUUUCUAUAUCUUCUGAAGCAAAAUCUAUAUAUUUUUUUUGAGAGAAACAUGCUUGAAAAAAAUCAUUGAAAAUUCUAUAUAUAUCUGUUGUGUCGACCUGUAUGAAGUUGUACCAACGCAAUGAUUACGGAAAUACAAAAUCCCAAAAUUAUCAGAUCUAGAGACUUGACUAGGAAGAAAAUAAUGAAUUAAGCACCAAACUGGAUAUUUUUAGAAAAAUGUUGAAAACUUAUUUGUCUCGGAAACAGUUGAUUUUAUAUGGUGAUGACCUCCACAACUUUCCUUCUAACCCCGCAUACAUUUCAAACUGCAAUUAUUUCUUAAAUGUAUUCUAGCUGUCGCUGAUACAUGAACAUUUUUUCAGCUGAAAUUGUGUCCAAGGUGAAAGAUGGUUGACUCCAACUAGCAAUCAACGAAUUCUCUUUUCUUUUGAUAAUAUAGCAAGGGACGAGGAAUGAGCAUGAUGGUGUUCUUGUCGAAAUAGGACAAACCGUGUGCUAAAAUUGUUUAUUGCAGAGACGAUUUUUAAAAUUUCUGUAUUUCCUGCAACUACUGUAAAUAUGAAUUUUUUGUGAUCUUGUAUAGAUUAUGUUUGUUGUAGUGAAUAUAUCUGCACGUACUCCAAAUCAUCGCAAUAAAUAUAUUACCUACUCACAUUACUGUUUAAUUUUACGCACAUUUUUCAUUAAUACGCGAAUAUCAGGAACAUUAAGAAAAGAUAGACGUUUGUUACUUUGACUUUUCGAAGAUAUAAAUUUAUAUAUACAUAUUCAGUGUAUUUUUAAUGAAGUAGUGAGAAUUGUACGUACUAUUUGAAACAGGUAUGUUAAUAGUGGCAUAUGAAGCAUACAAAAUAUAC